CGUAUCACAAUUUCACCCCUAAGAAGAGGGCAGAUAAUAUAAACACAAGCUUUUGAGAGAUUUUUCUACAAGCAGUGAAGAUCUAAAACAGAGGUACUGAAGAAACACCAGCCUUCAGAUUUCAUAUCACUGCUACCUUGUCAUUAUGAUGCUGAAUCUUUUUCUUUUCCUCUGUUUAACUGGUCUUGUCACAGUAAAUGUGUCCCACGUGCGAACAGUGCAUCAUAAAUAUUACCUAAUAAAGGCAUCCGCAACAUGGUCCAGUGCACAGAGUUACUGCAGGGAGAAGUACACUGACCUGGCAACAGUAGUAACUGAUGAAGAUUGGGUAAGAUUGAAGAAUGAAACAGCCAGCAAAGGUCUGACAUCACAUGCUUGGAUUGGAUUGUACAAUGAUCUCAAUAGCUGGCGCUGGUCCUUAAAUGAGCUCCCACUGAAGACUGUCACUUAUUCCAAGUGGAACCCUGGAGACCCCAAUAAUUACUAUGGGAGAGAAUCAUGUGAUAUAAUUAAUGGAAAUGGAGCCUGGGAAGAUGUUCCAUGUACAGAUCUAAGACCCUUUAUUUGCUACAAUGCUAAUUUCAGUGGUGCUGACAAGUUCAUCGGCAUCUCUAGUCCUUUAUUGACCUGGCUUCAAGCACAGGCUUACUGCAGAACACAUCACACAGACUUGGCCAGUGCUCUUAACAGUUCAGACAAUGACUUCAUAGUGCAGAUAAGGAAUAUCCAGGGUAAUUCUUGGAUUGGGCUCUACAGAGACACAUGGAAAUGGUCAGAAGGGACCAUCACUUCAAACCUACCAUGGAGUGUUGGAUCACCUGAUAAUUAUGGAGGAAUUGAGAAUUGUGCAGUGGUUUAUAAUGGACUGUUCGGUGAUGUACCCUGCAACAGUAUCUACUAUUUCUUCUGUCACACCAUUCUACCAGUGAGGGAACAGCAGAUAGUGAGACUGCAGGUGAAGUCUGAUGGCAGUGUGUUAGAUCCUGCUGUACAGUCGUCUAUUUUAGAGCAGGUAAAACAGAAACUGGCAGAGAAAGGCAUGUUGGAGAACACCACAGUGACCUGGAGGGUGCAGCCAGAUGGAAACAUCUUCCAGAAGAGAAACAAAGAUGAUCUGUAAUGUAAAGUAGACUGCAACCUGACAGAAAUGUUAACAUUUACGCUUUAAAUCAGUAGGAGGAUUAGAUUAGUCUCCUCAACAGCAAAUGUUAUUUUUAUGAUUGAGGUUUAAUUUUGAACAUACAGAUUUUCCUGCAAAUGAUCACUUGACAUGAUGAUGAUGGAAGAGAACAUGUUAAAAUACUGGAUAACUGGGUUUAAUGUAUAGGUGUCGCAGCAGAAUAUUUUUCAUAUAUAAUGUAAUGGAACCUGUGUGUGUGUUGAUUUGUCAUAUUUAAUAUAUUUCCUGCUUUUACAGUUUUUCUUCUACCUCUGUCACUACACAUGUACAUAUAAUUAUUGCUCUCAAUGUUUUGUUUUCUAUU